ACACAAAAAUUUCGUUUUCGCUUCUUCGAUUUCGGUUGCAACUAUUCGUUUGACGUUUUCUUAGCUCUGCAUUGCUUCGCUUGAAUCGACGUGCAAGCUGGAAUUGUUACAAAAAACAUUUUUAAAAAAAUUUUAUCUGGUAUUAGUGUAGUGUUGUUUUGGAAAUAACUGUCAGUGAGUGUUGAAUAUUCUUUUCUCAAGGUGUGAAAAACUACUAGACAAGCGUAAUCUUGAAUAAUGAAUGCGCUGAGUUACCUUUUAUCAAAAGUAAAAAUUCUGACAAUUUAUGUUUUUUAUUCAGAAAAAAUGUGAAAUUCUUUUGCAAAAAUAAUCAAUACAGGAAAAGUCUCAUGCACAGAGAUAGUCGCCGCCAGUAUGAACAAGCGAUUAUAAUCGGAGGAAAGAAGUAAAGCAGGAAGGAUAAAUAUUGAGGAGGCAUUUGUUAUUUGCAGUGGAGGGCGUGACAAGUGGAAAUGCAAAAAAUUGGAUGCACGGAGUAAUAAAUAUUUGAACCAAUAUCACGGUUCUCGCACACGUGCCACUUCUACACCCACAUAGGCUCAGCGCAUACAUGCACACCAUCUUUAGCCCACCAACGAGAAAAUAAGUGAAAAACAUCAAAAAUAAAAACAGUGCAAAAAAGCGAAUGACAGUCGAAAAUGACUGACUGGGAAUAAAUGCUGAAAAUGACAAUAUCCGAAACAGCGGAAGCGGAUGUCAGCGCGCAAACAAAAGCAAACGUAGUAGAGGUGACAGCAGCGACAUAAAGGGCAUCACAACUGUGAACGCCACACCACUGAACUCCCUCUAACCCAGCACGAAUUGGCAAUUGGCAAACAAAUAUGCCGCUCACAAUGGAGGCACACACACACGCGGCAAGUCUCGGCAGCGACGAUGGUAGCACAAGCAAUGAAUUAUUGAGCAAUGCCAUCGACGACCACAACAACAGCGACAGCAUCGCUAGCAACAAUGCAACCAUAACGACCAAUUUGACCGCCACUAUCACAUCGAUCCGCUCGAAUGUGACGCGCGUGUUAUACAUGUACUUUCAAAAUGUCACCGACGAGCAUGGCUACGGUGCCGCCACGACGCCAAUGACAACAACAACAACCAGCAACAGCAGCACUAGUAGCAUCAGUACAUCCACAACAACGGAACGGCUGCCCAAUGGCAAUGUAACUGAUACGUUAAUUGGCAGCGAUUUAUCCCGGACGGGUGAAAGGGUAGGUGCCACACUCCUCAGCACCGCCAAAACAUUGCUGCAAGCGCCACUCAAUGCGUUCGCCAAUGCCACAACGUCUAUUUCGUCCUCCGCUGCUUCCUACGCCACCGAGCUGCUAAAUGCGUCCACGACCACCACGACGUCGACGAGUGGGAGCGCGACGAGUGCGGUCAAAGGCAGCGCCGUAUUAACCACCGCGCCCAGCAUCAUUUACCCGCCCUAUCAGGUCGCCAUACGCAGCUAUGAGAAUUGCUCAGCGCUCUUCGCCAAUUAUACGCGCCCGCAGAAUGGCAUAUUCUGCAAUUGGACUUGGGAUCUGUUCCUCUGUUGGCCUCCGACACCGGCUGGCGUUUUGGCGCGCAUGCAUUGUCCACCGGUUGGGCAUGGCAUUGACACAACAAAGUUCGCUAAUCGCAAGUGUGAGCUGGAUGGUAGUUGGGGCCGUCGUCCCAAUGACACACAGAACAGCACUCACGGCUGGACGGACUAUCAGCCCUGCUUCAAGCCGGAAGUCAACGACAUGCUGCAGCGAGUGGAAAAUAUCGAUGUCUUCCUGGACAUUGCCCGUCGCACGCGCACCCUUGAGAUUGUCGGCCUCAUUCUUUCGCUGAUCGCUUUAAUACUCUCGCUCAUCAUUUUUUGCAAUUUCUCCUCGCUACGCAACAAUCGCACGAAAAUUCACAAGAAUCUCUUCAUCGCUAUGGUCUGCCAAGUGAUCAUACGACUGACCCUGUAUCUCGAUCAGGCAUUUCGGCGCGGCAGUCAGCCGCCAACGUCAAAUACGAGUACAGCGGGUAUCGAAAAUACGCCCUACCUCUGCGAGGCCUCCUAUGUGCUCCUCGAGUACGCUCGCACCGCCAUGUUCAUGUGGAUGUUCAUCGAGGGUCUGUACCUGCACAAUAUGGUGACGGUGGCGGUAUUUCAGGGCCGCUUUCCGCACGCCAUCUUCUCGCUACUCGGCUGGGGCUUACCCAUCUUAAUGACCACCGUCUGGGCGAUAUGUACCGCCCUGUACACGGACAGCGCGCACGACUGCCUAUGGAACUACAACUUAACGCCGUACUAUUGGAUACUGGAGGCGCCACGUAUCAUUGUUAUAUUGCUGAACUUCUUCUUCCUCAUGAACAUCAUACGCGUAUUGGUGAUGAAAUUGCGCCAGAGCCAAGCCAGUGAUAUCGAGCAGACGCGCAAGGCAGUACGGGCGGCCAUUGUGCUGCUGCCGCUGCUGGGUAUCACAAAUUUAUUGUACCAAGUACCUGCGUUGAACCUGAAGCCGCCAUGGAAAUUCGCCAUGUGGUCCUACGUUACACAUUUCCUAACCUCAUUUCAGGGAUUUUUCAUUGCCUUGAUCUAUUGUUUCCUAAAUGGUGAGGUACGCACCGUUCUACUAAAAAGCCUCGCCGUCUACAUGUCCGUACGCGGCCACCCCGAAUGGGUGCCGAAGCGUGCCUCAAUGUUCUCCGGUGCCUACAACACUGCACCCGAUACCGAGGCGCAAGCUGGUGGCACGCCACAGGAUGGCAAAAGAAAUGAUCACUCGCCCAACACCCGCCGCUUGAAUGGCCGCAGAUACAGCGCCGCCGCCACCGGCACACACAUACCCGCGCGUCGCCUAUCCAGUGGCAGCGCUUAUCGGCAGCAGCGUAGGAUCAGCAAUCACAACAACAAUAACAACAAUAAUGUGGGCGCACAGCCUACGCGCAUGCAGAACAGCAACGGCGGUGGUGGCGGCGGCAACAGCAGCAGCUGGCUCCUAACGCUGUGCUUUGGCGGCCAAAAGAACAAAUGUGUGAUGUCUAGCAAAAAAAGGCCUACACAAAUAUUUAUGACAACAAAACCGAAAACGUCAGCAAUUUACGCCACUGAAGUGGAGCGUCAAUGAGCAGGAAAUGACGCGUCUCGCAUUGGAAGCCUGAUUUGAAGCUAAGAAAUUCGAAAAAAUGCGUUUAGUCUAAUAACUAACACACAUAAAUAUAUAUUUACAUACAUACACACAUACAUACGCAUAAAUCAUAAAAAGUGAAAAAACUAAGGAAUUGAGCAGCAGAUGCCGCUGUCUGCUGUGUGAUGAAAAUGGAAUAGUUAGUAGAAUUUAUGAAAGCAGAUCGAACGAAGGCGGAAGGAGUUGUGCAGUCCUCGAAGCUGCUGAAUCGAAAAUUUCCUAGAGUUCCGCGCAUUAUAGAAGAAAAAGGCUUUGACCUGCAUGCAUUCGCUCCGAGCCAUUGCCGCGCCAGCGGUCAGAGGGGAAAGUACUCAGCAAUAAAGCUCUGGCGAAAGCUCCUAGACGGCUUUAGCGCCAAUUAAAGUUAAUCAAAUAGCAGAAUAUUCUAUUUCAAAUUUCGGUGAUGGAAAAUUUGCGCCUAACUCCGAUCGACUUCGCUUAAUUUCCGAUUCGUGGGCUGCGACUGUGCGAAAGUAUCAUAAAUAGCGUAAGUUGAUAGAUUCCACUACAAAAACGUGCAUAAUUAGGAUAAUUAUUUUAAAAAUCACUUCGUUUCGGUUUGGAAAAACAACUGAAAGCUCCUAUUUGUUAAGUAACUAUUUUGUAAAUGCGAAUAAAUUCAACCGAAGCGCAUCAAGCGGGCGCUCGAAGUACUAACUGUAGUUAAUAUAUAAUUUCCAAUUAGCUAUUUUUAUGAAAAUGUUUAGAAAAUUUGCAUAGAGUGUGAAAGCACGCCAAGUUAAAAGCUUUCCGGAGAAAGUUGCGUCACCAAGAGCUCCCAAAAGUAGGCAGCCAGCAUAACUAAAGUAAGCGCUUAAUUUAGUCUACUUUUAGGUGUCGUCUUUUGCCGCCGCUACUUAAUUUGUGGAGAGCAAAUAAAAACUCACAAAAGAAUACUUUUAGUUACACUGAGCUAAACAAAAUCGCAACAAAUUCAAAUCAAACAAAGAGCGCCAACAACUUAACAAAAAAGAAAAACAGAAAUCUGAUAUAAACAUUUAAUACAUUCAUAAUACUGAUUAUGUAAGGUAUAGCUUAAAAGCCCACAGGGUACCUUAUUGGUUAUCCCACUAACCAUUAGACAGUAGUGAAAAUUAUAUUUACAAAAACAAUGAUAAAACAAAUGUUUAAAAAAUAUUUAUAUACAGUAACUAUUAAAUCAGAAAAUCUAUUUACAAACUAUUCACAUACAAAUAAGGCAAAGCUAUGUUUUGAAAAUACAUACAUACACAUAACGGUAUUAACUAACUAAGCCAAACCCUCAUAUCCAGUAGAACUAAAACAAUUGCAAGGCAAAAGAAACCAAUUCAAAGGUUUUAGCUCGUAAGGGCAGGCAUGCAAACAUAUACAUACACAUGCACACAUACAUGGGUGUACCUAUGGAAAAGGAUAUACAGAGCAGAGCGCGAUAAACGAGCUUCAUUUUAAUAUUCGAUAAAUGUAAAAAUUAUUAGGUGAAAUUUUAUUGAAAAUUCAUUAAAGGUAUCGAACGAAAUUUUAAAACAUUUUUAAUGGAAAAUUUUUGAGCGCAACAACAAGUACUUUUUUAGUUUG